AUUUGCGAUCCAGGAAUGGAACAGCGGCGGAUAAUUUGCCUGCAGCAUUGCAGCAAGAAGGUUAAUAUAUUCGCGUUUGACGUGGUGCCCGAAAGGUGCCCCGUGUGCGCGAAGUGCCUCGAAGAUGAAGUCCUCCACACGCCGCCGUUUCUGUUGCCAUAUCCGUUCCGGUCGUCCAACGAAUGUCCGUGUUCCUUGGUCAUCAAACCAUCUCGUGGCAGCUUCCUUCGAGAUUACGCCAAUUCGACAGAUUUGCACAUUGGAGUGACGGACUCUGCAGGUAAGACGUACGAGUACGACAGCAGUGGACUCCGCGUGACACGCGGUGAAAGCUGGACCGAAUGUUUGCCAAUAUUUAUUAACGCUGACCGUCGCGGCCCCACGUCGACGGUCGCCCGUCCGCUGUGCCCGUUGUGGAAAGAGCGAUGGGAUGCCGCCAUUGUGGCGGUCGCCACGGAGAGCCACUGGACGAAAGACAGGUACAACACGGAGAACCACAAUUGCUUUUCCUUCGUGCUGGAGUUCCUGCGCUGCGUUGGAGUGGACGCCUGGACAUCCUGCUUGAGGGACAAGACUUCUUUGUGCUCUGCUUUUAUCCUACCGGUCACUACGUUGGCUGGCAAGUACAUUUCGCUGUACCGUCAGUUGCUGCGGCAAAAUUGCGUGAUGCUCGUUUCCUGCUAGGGAUGUAAUUUUUACUUGGUUAUUUUUCAUGCGAAAAAGUUUUUGGAGUGGGUGGGUGGAGUUUGAAUGGAAGGGGCGACCUCUAUCCCGUGGCCAAAAAUAGAAUCUCUUCGGAACGAAGAGUUUGGGACCUUGAAAAAACCUUUGUUAGGAACAAAAGUAAGUUAAAACGAUAUAGAAAAUGGCAUUGUGGCUGUUGGAUAGGGACCAAGAAGAAAAAAACAAAUUCGUUAUAACGAGAGUCGGCUGUAUACAGGUAGUCCCUCCUUACAUAAAUCUUUUCUACAAUGAUUUUCUCUGUAUAGCGAUUUUUUUCGUCCCAUAAGCGCAUAGGUUUCUCUCCCCGUGUUGUAGGGGUUCUAUAAAACAAUUUUUUUUCUAGUCUCUUGAUUUCGUUAUGACGAGAUUCUAUUUUGUAUCAUUUUUUUAUUUAUUAGCUUUUGAUUUCCCACAGUGCGGAUAAGAACGUCUUGCAGGUGGUUUAAAUCUGGUUGAUUUUGAUUGCCGUGGAAUAGAAUCUGAGCAGGACGCUGCCAAUUUUGUGAAGUUAGACUCUCUCUAAAACGAAAUUUUUUUUCUGAAUCUCGUUGUAGAGAGAGUUUACCUGAGCUUUCUCAGGACUGUGACUUGGAUCGUUGGUGCUGUUAAAACUCACGGCGAUCUAAAAAAAAAGAAAAUGAUUGAAAAUUCGUUCGAAGAGAUUCGUUCAAGGACGUAUUGUACGUUAUACGUAUUCGGAUCACACAAAACAAGCUGUGAGUCUAUGUCAAAUUGACGUGAAUCAAUGACCGACGAUUUUGACGCAAGAAGAAGAAGCCACUUAGAUGAAGUGAAUCGCCACAUUGUAUUGGCUGGGAUAUUGAUUGAAUCCUUGUACUGUAUACGAGGAAACCCCGAUUUCUAUCUGUUCUUCGAAUAACGAUUCGUGGUUUUAUCCUUUAUACCAUUUUAAAAUUGUAUUCCGUUUUUUUUCCGAAGGAGCGCCUGACUUUACAGAAUCUGUCAUUUUCGUUGCUUUCAAAUUAGUGCUGCUGGACUUCUACUACAUUUUCUUUGUCUAGUAAAGUACUGUAAAAGUUUUUUCGCUUUACAUUAGAUUAUUUUAGUGUGUUAUCUUCAAUAAUAAGAAUUUUUUCGAUAAUACUGUGUUCCCUGAAAAUGGCUUUAGUAUUUUUAAGUAUGUAAGAUGAGAAGAACGAGUUAAAUAAUUUACCGAGAGUGUUCUUUUUCUGUUUUGAUCACGAGUUUUUCGUGAUUUUCAUUCCCACACGAGGCGCUCAUACAAAAUUUAUAUUGCUUCACGGUAUUUCUUUUAGUAACUUUUAAAACCUUUCACUGCCCUUUAAUCGAUUGAUUUUGCAAACCUAAGAGUGCAUUUCAAGUGUCCCCCGAAACUGUCUUCGUGAAUUAUUUUUUGCUGAAAGGAUCUUGGGAACCGUCCAAAGUGUUUGUGGGACAAGUUUGAGAAUCUGGAGGAGAAAAAAAAAAGAUCGACUCGUUGAAAUCGCUGAAAACUAAGGCUGUGCCAAUGUAAAUAAGUUGUGAAACGUGUCCUGGUGAGGAAUAAGAGAAGAUGAAGAGAGGAAAGGAGUUAAUUUGUUGUGGAUACGGGUCGAGCGAACCAUUGUUCGGUUUUUCUUUUUUUUUUUUCGUUGGUCGACGAUCCUCCGUUUUUUCGAUUUUGAUCAUCAUCUUGUGUAAUUUUCGUUGUGUAUUCAAAGAUUUUUAUGUGAAUUUAACUGUGAAUGAAUGAAUGGAAGAAAAGUGAUGAAUCUCGUGCAACCCUGCCGGGCUUUCACGAACUCCCGAAUUGCAAAACAAAAAAAACGUAACAAUAAAUGAGUGACCUCGCACUUCCGUUCACCGCGGUUUCAUUUUUUUUUUUUUGCUGGAC